UCUUUAACUGAACGUAUAACGAGAAACAUUGUUUAAAUUUUCUUGAAUGAAAAUGAGAUUUUUUUUCAUAACUUUUUUAAUGUUUUUGUUUACUCUCACGUACGCUGAAGAAGAGAAUUGCGAUUAUCAUGGACACUUGAUCUACGAAGACUUGGGAUGCAAACCAGUGACCAAAGAUGGUCAUGCUUGUCCUGUCGAAUAUAAGUGUAAUUUCGAAGUCAAAAACAAUACUUGCACUUUCAGAGGACGAAGUGUUCAGCCCUAUGAAAAACUCACUGAUGAUGAUACUUAUGCAGCUUGUAUUAUCGGUUGUUAUUGUCAAUCGACCAACAAAUUUGAAUGUGCCGAAUUGGAUUGCCCCGAAUGGUUAGGCGAAUCUGUGACAUUUGGAUGUUACCGAAAGUACGAGCUUGGAAAAUGUUGUUCCGAGGGCGAAAUAUGUCCCACCGAAUCUACGCCAACAGCCGAAUGUAAAACUACUGGAGGCAAAUACGUAGAAGGCGAAAAAUAUUAUCCUGCUAACACUUGCUUGGAGUGCGUUUGCAACAAAGGAUACGAAGGCAAAAACGAAUCGCCAUUUUGUAGGAAACAAAUGUGCGCCGUUGAAGUAGAUCACAGCAAAGAAGUGCACAAAUACUGUGCACCACAUUACGAUGGUACCGACUCCAAAGCACUUUGUUGUCCUAGCGGGUGGGUGUGUCCUUCAAAUAAUGAUAAAGUGCUACCAGCUAAUCCUGAAGCAACUGUUUCAGAUCUCAAAUGUAGAUAUGGAGAUAAAAUCUUAAAAUUGGGUGAAAGAAUACAAGGUCAAUACAGAGCGUUCGAUAAUUCCCUAAAUGAUUCUCAAUGCGAAUGCAUUGUACCUCCGUUGAUGACUUGCAGAGAUGUUCCGAAAAUUACUCCAACUCCAACAAUCACUACUCCAUCACUAAUAAUCAAACACAUUCCAAAUUAAUUCUGAAUGUUUAUUAUUCCAUUCCUAUUGUUUAAUUUGUUAAAACCAGUGUUAAUUAUAUGUACCCAAUCAAUAAAUAAAUAUUAUUUAUCAUCGGUUUAGAACUUUAAAGUACUUGUACGAUAAAUAAAAGGAUUUGCAAUCAUUCUUCAUGCGGCAAAUAAAUACAUCUACAUCUACUAUAAGGUUUACAAAAAUUAC